AUGCUAGAGGAAGAUGAGUCACUUUUUGUUGAUCUUGAUGAAUUAACGGAGUGUUCAACAGUGUUCCGUCGAGAGAUGGUGCACACGCUGCCCAGUCUUGAAUUGUCUGGAGGGAUCAUAUGGCAGGGUAUGGUGCAUGAGGUGGUGAAGGAGGCGGUGCUGGUUUCGAUUCAAGAGGUGAACAUGGAGCAGAAGGUGGUGGUGGCGAAGGAGGAAGAAGAGAACAGCGCUGGCGCCACCACCUCCGGCCUCAGUACAGCCACCUCUUGUGUUUUUUCCAAAAAUAUCACCACUAUAAAAACACAGUACUCAUCAUCAUCAAAAGCAUCAUCCUCCACCGGUACACAACUAGACUUCGCCAGCCACAAUUCCGCCGACGACGGCGGAGCCACCACCUUUUCUGAAGAAACCGUCAAGAAAUACCCACCAUGUGAUAUCAAGUACAGUGAGUACACACCAUGUGAGGACCCCAAAAGGUCGCUGAAAUUUGACAGGGACAGGUUAAUAUACAGAGAAAGGCACUGCCCGGAGAAGAAUGAACUUCUCAAGUGCCGUGUGCCGGCGCCCCACGGGUACAAAACCCCGUUCAAGUGGCCGCUCAGCCGGGAUCUAGCGUGGUACGCUAAUGUACCACACAAGGAGUUGACAGUGGAGAAGGCGGUUCAAAAUUGGAUUAGAUAUGAAGGUCACCGCUUCAGAUUCCCCGGCGGGGGAACCAUGUUCCCUAAUGGUGCUGAUGCAUAUAUUGAUGAUAUUGACAAGUUAAUUAAUCUUAAAGACGGAUCCAUUAGAACUGCUCUUGACACUGGUUGCGGGGUUGCAAGCUGGGGAGCUUACCUUUUGUCACGAAAUAUCCUUGCAAUGUCAUUUGCACCAAGAGACACACAUGAAGCUCAGGUGCAAUUUGCUUUGGAAAGGGGGGUUCCUGCUUUGAUUGGUGUUAUUGCCUCAAAGAGGCUCCCAUAUCCAUCCCGAGCAUUCGAUAUGGCUCAUUGUUCUCGUUGUCUCAUUCCGUGGGGUCAAUAUGAUGGUGCGUACUUGAUUGAAGUUGAUCGAGUUUUGAGGCCAGGAGGGUAUUGGAUUCUCUCCGGUCCGCCAAUUCGCUGGAGAAAAUAUUGGAAAGGGUGGGAAAGAUCGAGGAAGGAUUUGAAUGCGGAACAAAUGCAAAUCGAGAAUGUGACAAAUAGCCUUUGCUGGAAAAAGUUGAUCGAGAAGGAUGAUAUUGCUAUAUGGCAAAAACCUGCCAAUCAUCUGCAUUGCAAGAAGUUCAGAAAGAUUGUCAAAAAUCCUCCAUUUUGCCUAACACAGGAUCCUGAUAAAGCCUGGUACACGAAAUUAGAAACAUGUCUAACUCCCUUGCCUGAAGUUUCCAACAAUGAAGAUGUUGCUGGUGGAGAAUUGGUAAAAUGGCCAAAAAGAGUACAUGCUAUACCUCCUCGAAUCAGUAGGGGUACAAUAAGUGAAGUUACACCUGAAACUUUUCUUAAAGAUUCAGAACUAUGGAAGAGAAGAGUGUCAUACUAUAAAACCGUAAAUAACCAACUUGGUCAAGUGGGACGAUAUCGCAAUAUCCUUGACAUGAACGCGUUCUUAGGUGGAUUUGCUGCCAAUUUGAUCGAAGACCCCCUUUGGGUUAUGAAUAUAGUUCCAGUUGAGGCUAAGAUCAACACACUUGGAGCUAUUUAUGAACGCGGAUUAAUUGGCACUUACCAGAGCUGGUGUGAAGCAAUGUCAACUUACCCCAGAACAUAUGAUCUCAUUCAUGCCGAUUCAGUAUUUACUCUCUACAAAGACAGAUGUGAAAUGGAGGAUAUUAUGUUAGAAAUGGAUCGGAUUUUACGACCAGAGGGAAGUUUGAUUAUCCGAGACGACGUUGAGAUGUUAGUGAAAUUGAAGAGAAUAGCAGAUGGACUGAACUGGGAUAGUCAGAUUGUAAAUCACGAAGAUGGACCAUUCGAGAGGGAAAAGCUAUUGUUUGCCGUGAAGUUAUAUUGGACUGAUCCGGCUUCUGCAGAUCAAACCUUGUAA